AUGAUGUCUCAUCUAUUUAAUGUUCAACAUCCACAUUUAAUUAAUAAAUCUUCUUCAUCAUCAUCAAAUUCCAAUACACCUAUAUCUGAACAUAUAAAACGACCUAUGAAUGCUUUUAUGGUAUGGUCUCGUGGACAACGUCGAAAAAUGGCUCAAGAAAAUCCUAAAAUGCAUAAUAGUGAAAUAAGUCGUCGUUUAGGUAUUGAUUGGAAAUUAUUAAACGAUGAACAAAAACGACCAUUUAUUGACGAAGCUAAACGUUUACGUGCAUUACAUAUGAAAGAACAUCCAGAUUAUAAAUAUCGUCCUCGUCGUAAACCGAAAUCUUUAAUAAAAAAAGAUCGUUUUCCAUUUCCAUUUCCGACAUUUCCUCCUCCACCUCAUCAUCAUCAUCAUCAUCAUCAUUCUCUAACGAAUAAAGAUUCAAUGGAUUUAUCAACACAUUCAUCAACUGAUACAAUAUCUGUACAACAACAAAUCAAUGAUUCAUUGGCAUUAAAUCUUGAAAAAUGUCGUUCAUUAUUACCACCACCACCACCUCAUCCAACAUCUCUUUAUCCAUAUUCAACUGGAAAAUUAAGUGACUUUUCAACAGCAGCACUUGCUUAUAAUCCACUUGCAUAUGCAGCAGCUUUUUCAACACAUUAUCCUUAUAGUAGUAUGUUAUCAGCUAGUUUAGCAGCAGCUGCUGCAGCAACAUCAUCAUCAUCACCACCGAGUGUAUCAUCUCCAUCAUCAUCAUCAGCAUCAUCAAAUAAUUCAGCAAAUCCUUAUCAUUUUGGUAUGCAAACAGAAAAAAUUCAUCGACCACAAGCUAUUUUACCUGGUAAAAUACAAUAA